AUGAGAAAUAAGUGGAAUGAAGACAUGUACGCCCAGGACGAGUACAAGAAUACGGCAUGUGGUUCUGCUGCAAACGACCAUGGAGUUGCAAACACAGGGUGUCUGUGGGCGGAAGACCCCGACGGUGUUCUUGUACCCGGCCAUUUAAAGGAGAUGAUCAUAAGCCGUUUGCCAAUCCAGGAAGCAUUCAGGACAUCCAUUUUAUCCACCAACUGGCGGCAUACCGCUCGAGGUCUUUCGCAACUGGUGUUUGAGGAUCGACCUACAUGGAGCGAGGCGAAGUUCAUCGACGUGGUUGAUCACGUCCUCUCAAAUCAUGGUGUAGGCCUAAUCAAGUUCAUGGUUUCCGGGGUCGGUAAAGUUGACAUUGGAGCGGUUGAUCGUUGGGUUAGUCGCGUUUCUGAUCUAUUUGUCCAAGAGUUGACUCUCCGGAUGAGUCAUGGUUCGGAGGACCUCCACCAUCGAAUUUUCGACCGACUAUACACUAACCACCAACUUACUUAUCUUCAUUUGACGUCAUGUUCACUGGUUCGGCCACCACGGGCUUUUACUGGGUUCAGAAACUUGAAGAAGAUAGUUUUUUACAGAGUUUUCAUGCCUCAAGGUGCGGCUGACAUGUUCUUCGGUCAUUGCCAGUCGCUUGAAUAG